CAGCGCCACAGCUCCCAGUCAUCGCCCGCUGCAGUCCUGUGCUCCCAGUCAGUGCUCCCGCCACAGCCUCUACCACAGCUCCCGCCACAGCCUCUACCGCAGCUUCUACCACAGCUCCUGCCACAGUGUCUACCACAGCAUCUAUAUGUAAUUACCGCCACAGCCGUAGCUGUGGAGUUCCUAGCACAGCCUUCACUACGGCCGAAGUUACUGUCCCUGCCACUGCGGGGAGCACAGCAGCCAGUCACUGCCACAGCCUGAAACACAGCCCUCCUCCGUCAGUGCCAGCACCUCAGCAAAGGACCACCAGGCACCGUUAUGCAACAAUCACUGCCAUAAACGAGUCAGGUACUCGACCUUCACUGCCACAGCUGGGACCACAGCCACGCCUCACUGCCGCCUCUGUGAGACCAUGCGUAUACCCAGUAGUUACCGCGCCCCCCGCAGCCACAGCGCCCACCAGGCCGCCUCCCACCACCACACUCGCCGCCACAGGACCCACCGCCCCACCCACAGCGCCGCCUCUGCAACACGAAGUCACAGUGUCUACCAUCGACGACAAAAGAGGAGUCAAAGUCCACAGAGCAGCUACCAGGAGAGCCCGAGCCCCAGCAGGUCGCAGGAGCGCGCCCACAGGCGCAGCAGAAGCACCCGCAAGAGUCACCGCAAGAGGAGAAGCCACAGCGCUCACGAGCGCUGCCCACACACGCCACCUUCCCCCUCCACCCUCCACAAAAAGCGCAGUGCCAGCCAGCGUCAGAGAGACUGCCGUCGCCAGAGUCAGAGUCCGCACCGCAGACGCCGCCACUGGUACAGCCAGAGUCCGCAGAGUCCGCACCGCAGACGCCGCCACUGGUACAGCCAGAGUCCGCAGAGUCCGCACCGCAGACGCCGCCACUGGUACAGCCAGAGUCCGCAGAGUCCUCGCCAGCGACGGAGCAGAAGUCAGCAGAAGAGACAGCGCCGCAGGAAGAGCACAAGUCCACCACGGAAGCACCGUCCCUGGUACAGUCAGAGUCCCCUCAGUCCUUCUCGGCUAAGACGGAGCCGAAGUUUUCAUCAGACAUAUCGGUAUAGGAAGGGUUCGAGCCCUCACAGGAAGCACAGACACUGGUAUAGUGAGAGCCCCAAGAGUUCCCGUCAGAGGCGGAGUCGAAGUCAGAGCCAAUUCUACCGACGAAGUCACAGCCCGCAUCGUAAGCCGCGCCAGAAACGAAGUCACAGCCCCAAGAAGAAACGUCGUCACUGGUUCAGCCAAAGUCCGCCUCUGGACCGGCGUAAAAAGCGGAGCAGGAGCCCCCGUGGCCACAAGAGCCAGAGCCCGCGCCGGAAGCCUGGCCACAAGACCAGCCGAAGUCCCCAUCCAAGACACCGCCACAGAAGCCAGAGCCCCUACAAGAGCCCCCGCCAGAAGCACCACUGGUUCAGCCAGAGUCCAGAGAGCAGACCUCGUCAGCGCAGAACAAAGAGAAGCCACCAGAGCUACCGGCAGCGGCGGAGUCAGAGCACCCACCAGAGCUACCGCCAGAGGCGCAGCCAGAGUCCCCACCCCAAGUACCGUCACAGGCGCAGCAGGAGCACGGAGAUGAGUCGUAGCCUCAGCGACUACCAGAGUCGGAGCCAGAGCGCCUACGAAACCAAAGGCCAAACUACAUCCAAACCCCAAAGCAAGAAAGCCAGUUAGAAAUACUUUCGGUUCAAGAAAGGUGUUGGAACCGGCACCAGGAAGACCGUGUGGCGGGUCCUCGCUAACCCGUGUGGCGGGUCCUCGCUAACCCGUGUGGCGGGUCCUCGCUAACCCGUGUGGCGGGUCCUCGCUAACCCGUGUGGCGGGUCCUCGCUAACCCGUGUGGCGGGUCCUCGCUAACCCGUGUGGCGGGUCCUCGCUAACCCGUGUGGCGGGUCCUCGCUAACCCGUGUGGCGGGUCCUCGCUAACCCGUGUGGCGGGUCCUCGCUAACCCGUGUGGCGGGUCCUCGCUAACCCGUGUGGCGGGUCCUCGCUAACCCGUGUGGCGGGUCCUCGCUAACCCGUGUACACGGAGUUCCCUCCAACUCCUUCCAUGAGCCAAUGGUCGGCGCCGUCAGUGGGUCAGAGAGCAACAAGGCCGCACCAAUUCCAGAAUGGCAUCAAACGCUACAAAACAACAAGUCUGGAAAUAAACAAUUAAACUAUUUGCAAAGUGAGAGCAAGAGUCAAGUUCAAAAGAGCAGGAAGAGCGGUGCCGAGGCUCUCUUGCCUUAAAGGAAGAGCGGUGCCGAGGCUCUCUUGCCUUAAAGGAGACGCUCCCGUUGGGGCAACACUCACACACCGGCUUGUAUGGCUCACCCCUAACUCACCAUACAUAUA